AUGGAUGCGUCUAACAGCAGCACCCACGGGGGGUUCAUCCUGCUGGGAUUCUCUGACCGCCCCAGCCUGGAGAGGGUCCUCUUUGUGGUCAUCCUCAUUGCCUACGUCCUCACCCUGUUGGGCAACAGCACCAUCAUCCUGGUGUCGCGGCUGGACCCUAACCUGCACACGCCCAUGUACUUCUUCCUCACCCACCUGUCCUUCCUGGACCUCAGCUUCACCAGCAGCUCCAUCCCCCAGCUGCUCUACAACCUGAGUGGACGUGACAAGACCAUCAGCUAUGCAGGCUGUGCCCUGCAGCUCUUCCUGUUCCUGGCACUGGGCAGUGUGGAAUGCCUGCUGCUGGCCGUCAUGGCCUAUGACCGCUUUGUGGCCAUCUGCAGGCCCCUGCACUACCUGGUGAUCAUGAAUCCGAGGGUCUGUCUGGGCCUGGUGUCCCUGGCCUGGGGCUGUGGGGUGGCCAACUCACUGGCCAUGUCUCCUGUGACCCUGAGCUUGCCUCGCUGUGGGAACCGACGUGUGGACCACUUCCUGUGUGAGAUGCCAGCAAUGAUCCGAAUGUCCUGCGUGGACACCUCUAUCAUGGAAGGUGCUGUGUUUAUCUUGGCCGUGGGCAUCGUGCUGUGCCCCCUGAUGUUCAUCCUGGUCUCCUACAGCCAGAUCGUGGGUGCCGUGCUCAGAAUGCGGUCGUCUUCCGGGAGGCACAAAGUCUUCAACACCUGCGGCUCCCACCUGACCGUGGUGGCCCUGUUCUAUGGGAACAUCAUCUACAUGUACAUGCAGCCUGGCCGCAGUGCCUCGCAGGAGCAGGGCAAGUUCCUCACCCUCUUCUACAACAUCGUCACACCCCUGUUCAACCCCCUCAUCUACACCCUCAGGAACAAGGAGGUGAAGGGGGCUCUGAGGAGGCUGCUUCUUGGGAGCCUGGCGCUGAGGAAGGGGUAA